AGUAAGCUGCUCUUUAUAGGAGGCAUUGGGAGUUUCAGAGCUGCAUUGAAGUGAAGACAGAAGUGUGUGAAGACAUCUUUCUCUGAUAUCACCUCUGCUUCCAACAGAAGAGAUCACCAUGUUCCUUUCUACUGCUUCUAUUACAGCUCUGCUACUCACUCUGUCUGGUAUGGAAGCUCUCGUACUGACCCAGGAAAAGUCCCUCUCUGUGAACCUGGGAGAUAAUUUGAAAAUAUCCUGUGUUGUUAGUGAUAGCUCUCAGACCUGGAGAAUUUCAUGGUACCGACAGAAGGCUGGAGGUGGCCCAAGUUUUUUGCUUGCUGACACCACAAGAGCAGCUGGGCUUCCUAACAGGUUCACAUAUUCUGAACCUGGAUCUGGCUAUACUGAGUAUCUACACAUCAAUGAAAUCACGGCUGAGGAUGAGGCAGUGUAUAUCUGUGCUUGUGUUGGUGGCUGUGGCGCCAGUGUAUAACACAGUGAUGCAGUUCAAUAGACUGCUCCCCGUCCUCCAUCACCCCCUUCUCUGGUCCUGAUGGCCCCAGCCCAGGCCCCUCUCUCCGGGGACAAGACCACCCUGGUGUGCCUGGCACAGGGCUUCCACCCUGACGGUGCCUCCCUGUCCUGGUCUGAUGACGGUGGCUCUCUGACGGGUGCUGAGAUCCAGAAGGGCGAGUCUCAGCGCCAGGCUGACGGCACGUACACCCUGAGCAGCCUCCUUAGUCUGCCCUCGACACGCUGGAGCUCCGGACAGACCUUCACUUGUCACCUGAGCCACUCAGCACUGACCAACCCACUGAGCAGGAGUGUGAACAACGGGCAAUGUUCAAUGUUCGGUUAGUUUUGCAUUUCCCCCCCCCCCCCCCAGCAGCAGUGUUCACCCAGAUAGAAGGACUGCUAGUGUGCUUCACAUAGUUUAAUAGAUUGGCAACUUGCUUUACAAGUCAUUGAAGUUUAGUUUUUUUCAUGAUGUUUCUUUUUGUGAAUAGGGACAUCUGAUGAUGAAUGCUGUAUUGCUUGUGAAGUAAUCUGAGGAAUUUCUGCAUAUUGAUGUGAUGAGUUGAAUAAAGCAUUUCAUGAUAUGA